CCUGUGUCCGCAGCGGCCCCCGCGGGACGGGCGCGGGACGCCCCGCGCUGAGGAUGCGGCCCCGGCGCGCCAGCGGCCAGCCCCGAGCGACGGCCACGCGUCCCGCCACCUGCAGUUGCUGAGAAAUGGCCAAUGAGAAUCACGGCAGCCCCGCGGAGGAAGCGUCUCUCAUGAGUCACUCACCUGGCACCUCCAACCAGAACCAGCCCAGCUCCCCCAAACCCCUGCGCCUGGUGCAGGACCUGCCAGAUGAACUGGUGCAGGCUGGCUGGGAGAAGUGCUGGAGCAAGCGGGAGAAUCGCCCUUACUACUUCAAUCGAUUCACUAACCAGUCCCUGUGGGAAAUGCCUGUCCUGGGACAGCACGAUGUCAUUUCAGACCCUCUGGGACUGAAUGCAGCUCCCAUGCCCCUGGAAGCUGGGAUGGUCGAUAGCUCUGUGGAGAGCAAGCAGAGGAAGAGGAGAUUCUCUGAGGAGGUUCCACCGAGCGGCAACAGCGUGAAAAAGGCCAAGGUGGACGUGCCAGGGAACUCCUCUGCUCAGCCAGUCCCCAGCUCUCCCAGCAUCCCAGGGAGCUCUGUGCUGAAGGCAUGGUGUGUUUCACCUGAAGAUAAGCAGCAGGCAGCUCUUCUGCGACCAACCGAGGUGUACUGGGACCUGGACAUUCAGACAAAUGCGGUGAUUAAGCAGAGGGCACCGUCUGAAGUGCUGUCUCCACACCCUGAGGUGGAGCUGCUGCGGUCCCAGCUCAUCCUGAAGCUGCGGCAGCAUUACCGUGAGCUCUGCCAGCAGCGCGAAGGCAUUGACCCCCCAAGGGAGUCCUUCAAUCGCUGGAUGUUGGAGAGGAAGGUGGUUGACAAAGGGACAGAUCCUCUUUUACCCAGUGACUGCGAGCCAGUAGUGUCUCCUUCCAUGUUCAGAGAGAUCAUGAAUGACAUUCCCAUCAGGUUAUCCAGAAUCAAGUUCCGUGAGGAAGCCAAGAGGCUGCUCUUCAAGUAUGCUGAGGCUGCAAAGCGGCUGAUUGAGUCCAGGAGCGCUUCACCCGACAGCAGGAAGGUGGUGAAGUGGAACGUGGAGGACACCUUCAGCUGGCUGAGACGGGACCAUUCUGCCUCCAAGGAGGACUAUAUGGACCGCCUGGAGCACUUACGCAAACAGUGUGGGCCCCACGUGUCUGCUGCAGCCAAGGACUCUGUGGAGGGCAUCUGCAGCAAGAUUUACUACAUAUCCCUGGAGUAUGUCAAGAGGAUCCGGGAGAAGCAUCUGGCCAUACUCAAAGAGAACAACAUCCCUGCUGAGGUGGAGGCCGCCGAGGUGCAGGACAGGCUGGUGUACUGCUACCCCGUGAGGCUGGCCAUCCCCUCCCCACCACUGCCCAGCGUGGAGAUGCACAUGGAGAACAACGUGGCCUGUGUGCGCUACAAGGGGGAGAUGGUCAAAGUGAGCCGCAACUACUUCAGCAAGCUGUGGCUGCUCUAUCGGUACAGUUGCAUCGAUGACUCCGGCUUCGAAAAGUUUCUGCCCAGGGUUUGGUGCCUUCUCCGUCGAUACCAGAUGAUGUUCGGUGUGGGCCUGUACGAAGGAACUGGUCUGCAGGGGGCUCUUCCCGUGCACAUCUUCGAAGCCCUCCACAAGCUCUUUGGAGUGAGUUUUGAGUGCUUUGCCUCGCCCCUGAAUUGCUAUUUUAAACAGUACUGUUCGGCCUUCUUGGACACAGACGGGUAUUUCGGAUCCAGGGGCCCGUGCCUGGAUUUCUUCCCUAUAAGUGGCUCUUUUGAGGCAAACCCUCCGUUCUGCGAGGAGCUGAUGGAUGCCAUGGUCUCUCACUUUGAGAAGCUGCUGGAGAGCUCCAGCGAGCCUCUGUCCUUCAUCGUGUUCAUCCCCGAGUGGCGGGACCCGCCGACGCCGGCGCUGACACGCAUGGAGCAGAGCAAGUUCAAGCGGCAGCAGCUGAUCCUGCCGGCCUUCGACCACGAGUACCGCAGCGGCUCCCAGCACGUCUGCAAGAAAGAGGAGAUGUACUACAAGGCCGUGCACAACACGGCCGUGCUGUUCCUGCAGAACAGCGCCGGCUUUGCCAAGUGGGAGCCCACGCCAGAGCGGCUGCAGGAGCUCAUGGCAGCCUACAAACAUUCAGGCCGGACCCUCAGCUCCUCAUCUUCCUCCUCGUCAUCCUCCUCCUCCGUGUCCACAGCAGACAAAGAGCGGGAGCUGGGCCGAGAGCAGAGCAGCAGCCGGGACACUAAUCCCAACUAAGGCAGCAGCGCAGAGGUGCGAGGCGGCAGGGAGGUGCCGGCGCCCCGAGGGAGGAGGCUCCCGGGGCCACAGGAGGGACUGCGACGGCGCAGCAGCGGCACCGGGCCCCUGCGCGGCGGCUCCGCAGCGUCCAACCCCCUGCGACUGCGCGGGGCCGGCAGCGCCCACGGGCCGGGCUGAGCCGCGGCCCCGGCGCCAGGGACGGAACCCAGGGGCUGGGCGGCAGCGCGCGGCGCCGGCCACGCCACGGCACCAGGACAGAGCCGCCCCGGCCGGGCCGCAGACGGCAGGACGGACAGAGGGACGGAGCGAGCGAGCGCCCGGCGCCGCAGCCGCCCGCAGACAGGGCCGGGCAGAGCGCGGGGCCGGCGCCGCUCCGUGUCCAGCGUGUAAAUAGCCGCGUCCGUGCGCCCGCGCUCCUCGCCGGCCGCUCCCAUCGCAUCGUGUUUCUCUCCCCGUGUGCUCCCGUGUCCCCGCCGCCGUGCCCCGUGUCGGGCAGCAGCGGAGCAGGGCAGUUCCUUUGGUGUGUAAAGGUCUUUGCAGCUGUUUUGUAGUCGUUGUGGUUUGUAUGGCGCGGCGCCUCCGGGCGUUAUUUAACCUCCCGGGUUUUGUUUUGUAAGGAUUAAUUUAACACCGCUGACCAUUUUAUUACUUUUAUCAAGAAGAGCAAAGUCUAUUUUUGAUUUCUGUUUCCUAGUUCUUAGGAACAUUAAAAACCAGCAUACAGCUC